AUGAUUCUUUAUUAUAAUAAACAGUAUUUCGUCUCUUCGGGUUUCGCCUUCGCGCACGCGGACAGCUCCGUGGACAUCUUAGCGGUGGAAGCUGUUCCGGUGGAACACUUGGACGAAACGGUGGUGAGAAAAAUGUUGAGCGAACACACGGCGAAGUUUCAAGCGGCGAAGGACGAUUACGAAAAAGCUACGCAUCAAAUUGGGAUCGACGUGUCUACGGCGAUGGUAUCCGCGAUUGAGACUAUGGGUAAGUAA